GAUGUCUGCAUGGAGAAUGGGCUGAUGGGAGGAAGUGGUGUGUUCAAGACAAGACAUACAUGUAAACAGUCAUACCUGGAAAGUCCUCUCCUUGGCGUUGAUGACUGAUUGGUACAAAAUACAGAUUACCUACAUUUAAAAAGAAAACAGGAAUCAAAAUAUUGGAAAUACAGAGAUAAUGCAAAAGGAAUGUUUUAAACUGAUAUGGAUCUACGGAGAAGCAACCCAGUCCUCCUGAUGGACUCAUUAAGUAUUCAAAAUCUGCUUGUCACAUAACAUGGAGGGGAUUGUUGCUAGUUGCUGUGCAAUGGCUAGACCUGUUUUGUACUCUAAUUUGUUUAGAUAAUAAGUAUUCUGACAUGAUGCUGGAAGUUCUAUUAGAAGACUAUCUUACAGGAAAAGCAGUAAAACAAUGAGUAUAAAAAUGGAAAGUGGAUUUUGUGACACUGGAGAUUCGCAAAUUGAUCAGAAGCAGACGGGCAGUUUGUUACUAAAAAUAAAUAAAACAGCAGACGGCAAAGAAUGUGAAGUGAGGUGCAAGUAUUGAUGACAAGACUGAUUGUUUAAGCUGUAGUAUCAACACCUAAAGAGAUCAUUGUGUGUGACAAGAGGUUUUGCAAGUUACAUACACAUCAGGUUUGAGUCCUGCCAAAGUCAGCUUUUACGGAAGGCCAGGCGUUCUUCGGAGCCCCAUUUAUGUCUCUGAUAAUAUAACACUAUUGUUGACAUUUAGAUGAAAGACUUUCCCAACUGUUGCUGCCUUCAAAGAUCCCAUCAUCUUCAUUCGGUACAAAGCUGACCCCUGAUUGGAUAGAAUAUUUAAGAACUGAUGUUUCAUUGGCCAGUGUGACAAAAGAAUACUUAUUAAAAUACAGUUGAAAAAACAACAACAGUAAAUCCUUUUUUUCCGGACAUUUUCUUUUCUAGAUAACUAAAAAGGUGAAAACAUUUUGUGACAUGUAAGCACUAUGUGUGACAUUAAUAUGUGGCACUUUAGCAGUUUUGAAGUUACCAAGUCCUUGUGACAUAGACUUUUAAAUCUGUAGGAGUGACACUGACAUUCAACAGUGCUAGAAGAGACUUUUAUAGUUUAGAAUGAGAAACUGACCAUUGAGAUGUAACAUUGACAUCAGCAGGGGAAUGCCCAUGCACAGCAUGAUGAAAGAACCAUGACUGAUAUGGAUAGGCAUAUUAAACAAACAUGCGAUAGACUUUCAUGUAUAAGACAGCAUUUACAGAGUCCAGGAGGUUUUCAGAAUGCAGCCAGAGAGUUACUGGACUGGUGCUCAGACUCUAGAGCCUUUCAAGAACCAUUUGAGAACACCCUCAUCAGCUGUCUGACAGUUGUAAGCCGUGUGGCAGCUCAGCCUGGCUAUGAUCUUGACCUUGGUUACAGGUUAUUGGCAGUUUGUGCAGCAAAUAGGGAAAAGUUCUCUGCAAAAUCUUCAGGUCUAUUAUCUACAUGGUGUGAGGAAUUGGGUCACCAACUGUUAGUACGCCAUCAAAAAACACAUCCCAAUAACAGUAAGGGACCAGGGGACAUGCACCCACAGCUCCAGAAGCACAUGGGGCCAAUGGGAGCAUGUGACCCAAAUGUUGGAUGGCAAGGUCAGCACGGUGGGGCUGGUCCCCAACAGUCUCUGUCAGUAGUAACCACAGUGUGGGGAGUCACGCCUACAACCCAGACGACCCCAUACAACCACACAACCCCUGGUGGCUACAACACAAACACUACAAUGAGCAACACAAACUACACACAACCACCUCAGGGAUUCCCCGGCAAUCAGAUGCAGAAACCAGGCUACGAAAGUAACGCAGGCAUUUACCAAAGGAGCAAUUCUUAUCCAUGUCCGAGUGGUUAUCCACCAACCCCCAAUACCCCAGGAUCAAACACACCCGUUUCUAUGGCACCAAAGAAUGACUACCAUGCACCACCAGCAGCAUUGUCUGCAGCAGCUCUGGUGGCAGCCGCAGCUACGGCAACAGCAACUGCCACGGCAACGGCAACCUUAUUACAGGAGCAGCAGACACAGCAGCAACAGUUUGAUAUGCAGUAUAAUAACCAAUAUAAUCCUCAGAUGCAGAUGGGCCCAGGUAAUCAAGCAGCUCAGUAUAACAAUCAAGGCUAUGGAGGUAUGCCACAAAGACAUCCAAACCUUAUGGGUACUGGUCGUACACCGGGUCCCGGGCCUGGGCCAGGCCCGAUGAAGAGUAAUAUGAUGGCCAUGUAUCAUCAGAGAAGGGCUGCAUCAGCCCCGUAUCCCCAACAAAUGAUGAAUAGCAUGCAGGGUAUGCCAACCAAACGUCCAAUGUCGCAAUAUCCACCAAAUGGAGCACAGUACGGACCUCAGGGGCCCUAUUCCCAGUACCCAACAAAACCACAGUAUCCCAGCCAGCAGCCCCUUCCAUCACCUACAUAUGGCCCACCACAGCCAGGUAUGAGACCCAAUGGGCCAUAUCCAAAUGGUCAGAACCCAUAUAUGACCCAGGGACAAUACCCGCCAACACGGCCUAGCAUGAAUGGCCAGAGCUAUAACCACUACUCGUCCAGUCCUACACAAAAUACUUUUCAGCCAAAUAGCAACAUGAAUUACCCUCAUUCCCCAUUACCAGGCAACCCUACUCCACCUAUGACCCCAAACAGUGUCCCUUACCCACCUGAUGUGAAACCAAAUAUGAUGGCUGGCCCAGCAGCAGUAAAGAAAGAAAUUGACGAGUUGAGGCUGACAUUUCCAGUCAGAGACGGUGUUGUUUUGCCGCCAUUUAGACUGGAACACAAUCUGGCGGUCAGUAAUCAUGUCUUCCACCUACGGGAGUCAGUCUACCAAACUUUGAUGUGGAGGUCUGAUUUAGAACUUCAGUUAAAGUGUUUUCAUCAUGAAGAUCGGCAGAUGAACACCAAUUGGCCGGCAUCUGUGACGGUCAGUGUAAAUGCAACUCCGUUACAGAUUGAGCGGGGAGAAAAUAAAACGGCGCAUCGGCCACUUUACCUCAAAGAAGUCUGUCGGCCAGGACGGAAUACAAUACAAAUCACUGUUACUGCAUGUUGUUGUUCUCAUUUAUUUGUUCUUCAAUUGGUACAUAGGCCAAGUGUAAGGUCCGUACUUCAGGGUUUAUUACGCAAACGUUUGCUACCUGCAGAGCACUGCAUUACCAAAAUCAAAAGGAAUUUCACGACUGCGGCAUCAAACAAUGGUGGAAUCAAUGGCGAUGAUGGGGUAGAGCAAACUGGAAUCAAAAUAUCAUUAAAAUGUCCGAUAACUUACCGACGGAUAGCAUUACCAGCACGAGGUCAUGACUGUAAACACAUUCAGUGCUUUGACCUAGAAUCAUACUUACAGUUAAAUUGUGAGCGAGGCCAGUGGAGAUGUCCUGUCUGCAAUAAGCCAGCAUUACUGGAGGGUCUGGAAAUAGAUCAGUAUAUUUGGGGAAUCCUAACAAACUUACAAAAUACAGAAUUUGAGGAGGUCACCAUAGAUCCAACUGCAAGUUGGAAACCUGUACAGCUGAAAAAUAUCAAAGAAGAGGAAUCUGGAACAGAACCAUGUGCAAGAUGGAUGAAGGCCAUGUCUCCAGCCAGUAUGCAGUUACCCACUAUGAACUCGUGGGAUAUGGGGCCGGCACAUUCUCCAUACAAUAACAUGCCACCUUCAUCAGGUCCACCAUAUUCUUCAGGAAAUUACGGUGGUGGUCAGGGCGGACCAGGAACCCCGGGCUCGUACCAGCAGAACGGGCCACAAAACGGGGAUUUCAGUAAUAUGCUACCUAUGUCACCUAUCAAUAAUAACCUGGCGAGCAUGAAUUCUAUAAACAAUAAUGACAUGAUGAAUAAACCGAUCAAUCAGGCAGGAAAUCAAGGUCAAUAUCCAUUAUCCCCGCCUCAAACAAAUUCACCACAUUUGCGCCAUCCUGACCAAGGCAUGAAUAACCACAUCCCACCCUCAUCCAGUUCUAGCCAAUCACAGCCCAUUUGUACCAAUAAUUCAGCCAAUGGGACGCAAUCAUCACAAAUGCCCCAUCCUCAAUCACAAGCCCCACCCACAAGUCAGCAAAACACAGUUGGAGAUGACCUGAACUUUGACCCAACUGCCAUUAUUGAUGACGAUGGAUCAGGGCCAUCUCUAGAUCUGGACACUUUAGGAGGUGAUCCGCUAGAGUUGCUGUCAUAUCUUGGCCCAUCAGAGGGAACCGAUAACUCAACGCCCAAUGGUUCUGCAAACCAGAAUAACGUUAACAAUGUGACUAGCACAAACACAAGUGAAGACAUUUUGUCAUUCUUUGAGUCAUAGCUGUUAUAAGAUAUUGUUAUUAUAUUUAUUAGAAAUCAAAAUACAGACAUUUAUUUAAAUGCGUAUCAGUAAUUUUGAUGACUUGGAACUUACCAAAUAUAUAUCUGGUAGCUCAGAGAGAGUAUUUAUAUGAUCGACAUCAUAGGGCGCUCAAAUCGAUUUUCAAGAAGGGUGAGAGACUGGGGUACUGAAGUGUUUAUCAUGCAUACUCACUUGUAUUAUACCAGACAGUGCUAAAACCAAUUCUGUAUACAGGAUGGGAAAUAUUUUAGACAAAUGGGUUGGUGUUGGAAUGGCUUGUGUUAGAAACGGCAAGGACAGCUUGCGUCGUUAGCCAAGGAAUACUUUAUAAGAUGGUUGAAGAAGGAUGAUGGGAGAAAGGGGAAACAGUGCUUACUAUACAAUCCUGUGAUUUGUUACUACUUUUUGUCAUUUUACAUUGUGCUAGGCCAGUGAUAGGGGCGGUGCCUCAUUGACAUAUAAUACAAGCUUUGCUUGGCAUGUUACAUUAUACCGAAGUGAAGUGUGUUAAAAUGUUGACAGUAAAGUGAACAGUUUGAAACUUACAAAGUGAAAGAGAUAGAUAGAAGAGAUAGAUGAAGAUGUUAGAGGAACAAGUGAAAUUCAAAUGGCUUAGAAUGAUCAAUGAUUCAGAAGAAAAAGUUUUCACUCAGUGAAAACAUAGCCAUUAUUGGGGCUCUCAGAAAGAUGGCAGUGGUGCCAUGGAGGGGUUCUCACAAUAGAAGUGUGAUCUCAGACUUGAAAUUCUCAAAACUUAUUAACCCCGGAUCAAUUUAACAUCAUGAAACUUAACCAUGAUUCUAGUUCUCGUGAUUAUAUACAUAUACUUUAUACUGUGUAUUUAUUCAAUGGCCAAGACAGUAUUGUGACCAUGACAAUUGUUGCUCUGUGCCUGUGUUACUAAAAAUAGCCAACAAAGUUCAAAAUGAGGCCAAGUUUGUGUUUUUAUGCUCUACCUUGUUUUUUUUUGUGGAGAACAGUGUUUCAAAGAGUUAUUAAGAAGUUAGACUAUUUGUUUUUACCUAUUGUUCUAGUUGUGAAUAGACUCUUUGAAGAGAUAAUAUAUAUUUAUCGGCAAGAUUUUAGCAGACGUCAAAUUUUGCCUAGAGUAAAAAUGAUGAAAGGCAGCAAAGUUAAAAAAAAGUAUAUAAAAAAUAUUUGUUGAAUAUAUCAUCAAUAUCAAAGUCCAGACAUCAGUGUAAAUAUGAUCUCGCUUGUAAGUGUUUAAAAACCCCAUAUGUAUCAAAUAACUACGGAAAAUUGCAUCAAAUGAGCCGCGUCACGACAAAACCAACAUAGUGCGUUUGCGACCAGCAUGGAUCCAGACCAGCCUGCGCAUCUGCGCAGUCUGAUCAGGAUCCAUGCUGUUUGCUAACCAACUCUAUUACAAGUAGAGAAACUGAUAGCGAACAGCAUGGAUCCUCAUCAGACUGCGCGGAUGCGCAGGCUGGUCUGGAUCCAUGCUGGUCGCAAACCCGUUAUGUUGGUUUUGUCAUGGCGCAGCUCAAAUUGUUAUUUAUUUAUUUUGUCAUUUAGAUGAGUUUUUUCCUUAAGUAGUAUGUAUUCAUAUAUAUAUUAUAUAUAUAUUUUGUGUCCAAAAAGAUGUGUGUUUUCUUAAAAAGGCAUGUAGUUUAUAUAUAUGUGGCAUAUCUUCUAAACAAAAGCAAUAGUGUGUUUAUAAAAAAAAGAUGCAAUAUGAAAUUUGAAGGUAUCUGUGCAAAAAUAACCAAAAAUAUUGAUACAUCAACUUUUUUUAUCAGUCUGUGUACUAAAAUGGUUUCUUAGCUUAAUAAGUAAGAGAGGUUUCGUAUUGCCAAUAAGUUUUUCUGUUGACGUUUUACUUUUUGUUUUUUGUUCUACGUUAGUAUCGCAGUAUUGAUUGUUUAAAAUAAAAUUCAACUGUUAUAAAUCAGAACUGAUAGGAUGCAUUAAUUAAAAUGAAAUUAUUUUUUUAUAAUUAAUGGAAAAAAAAAUAAGUAAGUCAACUUGGUCAUGUAGAUCUCAAUGCGAAUGGUGUUUUUGUCACCGAUUGUUAGCUUUUCCAAGAUAUAAAUGACUGCCAGCACUGAAAACAACUCUUAUCAGCAUUUAUUCUUUUCAUUUGAAUUGAAUUUUAGGUUAUGAAUUUUUUUAGGUUAUGAAAUGAUAAUAAAGCAACAUAAAUAAUAAAGCAACUUACAUAUUCCAACAACCUUUUCAUAUUUUCAACGUCUAAAGGGUAAUUCCUCUUUUUUUCCCAUAUUUUUGAAGCAUCACAAACUUCUUCUUUUGAUGUCAUUAUCAGAAUGAUUCAUGACAUAAAGGGUUGUUUCCUCAUGCAGGCAGUCAAAUAUAGUAUAGAUUAAUAUAAAGAUGAAUUUUAAGAUAUAUAAGACAGUAUUUUAUCAUUUGCAAGAAGCCAUACACCUUACAGCCUCUGUGUUUUUUUCCUAUUGCAUAGAAUAGUGUUUAAUGUUCUAAAAUGUUGGCGAUGGAAGACUUGAUUUGCUUUCUGAAUUAUUUGAACAAUUUAUACCUCAUUGUAAGACAAUUUAAUCUCAGGAUUAUUCUAUAGUCUCUAAGCUGUUUUUAGUUUUGAAGAAGAAAAAAAAAACAAGUUUCAGGCAUAUGGUUUGAAAAGUAUUUUAUAAUUGUAAAAUUUAAGUAUUAAGUUUUCCUGUAUUUUUUUCUGGCUGGGGGUACGUGAAUUAAUCUUCUUGAGUGAGGAAAAGAAUGUUUUUUUCAAAUGUAAAAUCUUGUUAGAAUUAUCUAUGUAACUCAAUAUUUCAUAAUUGUUUCUCCUAAGUUGAUAAACCUCCAUAGUGUACACUCUAAUGGGCAAUACUUUUGUUAGCUAUGAUUGUUGAUUCUUUCUUUAUCUAUGCAGUUAUUAAUUAUUAAAUUUCAAUUUGUAAGUUGUAUAGGGUAACAAAAAUGGGUAAAAGAUUAGUUUGAGAAAAUUCCAGGAUGGGUAAAAAAAAAGUUGUAAAAUUUAAUGUACACAUCCUUCUCUCGACCUCCAUUUCUUUCUUGUUUCUUCUUGUUUUCUUUCGUAUAUUUUAAGCAAAUCAAGUGUUUAUAGCAAGACUGUGGCAUGCUGUUCUUUUAGUUUAUUCAGUUACAAUAGUAUUGCAUUAAAUCCUUACCCUGCUGAAGUAGACUAAGACUAAUAAGGACAUAGUUUCAAUGAAGUUUCUAAAAAGAAAAUAUCUUUUCCUGCAGUAGUUUUGGAAUACCAACUGUUCAGCUUGUGACAUAAGUUGAGUGAAUUAUAUUUUUCUAUCAAGAAGUGUACCUAUAGACUGAUGUUACUGUUUAUUUUAUGAAACAUUGAGUUUUAAAAUUAAUUGAUUUUCUGGUCUGAAAUUCUUCAAGUUACGUUUUUUUUUGCAUUUUAUAGGGUUAUGAGGGAAAAAACUUAAUGACUUAAGAAAUUUGUUGAAUGUUUAUAGGAAAUUUCUUUCUUAAAAACAAAUUCUGUAAUUUUUUUUCUGAAUGAAUGCAGGGAUGGAUGUUAUAUUAACAAAUAAGAAUGAUUGUAAAGUGAAAAAAAAGACAUUACUUUGUAGAGUACAGUUAUAGUUUUUUUGUCAUUCAGAUAAAGUUUAAAGGUCAAUGUUAUAUUAAAUUUAUAAGUCAUACAUCAAGUAUGAGUCAUAUAUUAUUGCAUGAGAAUAACUGUUAAGUAAAUGUUACAUUAUUUUAUGAAACUUUGAUAUGUAAAUUUAGUUCUUCUCUGAAAAAAAUGUUCAGAGCUUGGUAAUGAUGCCUUGUUUCAAUUUACACUCAUCAUUGUAUUUAAAAAAACAAAAAAAAACAACAACUUUAUUUGGUCCAAGGAAUUCUUUACAUAAGGAGGUAAUAUUUCUUAAAUGGUUGUCUUAGGAAUGAUUUACAUACACAUAUUUUUCAAAAAUAAUUAUUGACAGUUUUCAGAAGACCUUUGACAAAUCAUGACUACAGUUUUAUAGGAAGUGGUGAUUUUACUGUUACUGUUCUGUAGAGAAGUUCUAUCUGUCCAUUAUUAUCAAAUGUGCUAGCAUGAGGCAGUCAAGAUUAUAGAGUUUAGUAUGGCUACAUGGGAAUGUAGGCUAGCCUGAAUCUAUACUGAUAUUACAGUGAAGUCAUCAUGGCUGCUAUAAUAACAGUUAAAAUAUUAUAAUAUCAUAUAAAGGGUCAUCAAAAUCUUUCCUUGAACAAGUCAAUUCAGAAUGGCAGUUUUAACAAGUUUCUUUACACAAAAUACACAAGUUUUAAAAUAAAACAAAAAAAUAGGAAACAUUGGAAUUCUUAAUGCAUUCUGAAGUCUUCAAGAAAAGUGAAAUGUAUUGUUAAUAUAUUCAGUAGUUUUCAGAAGAAAAAAGGUGAUCUUAUUGUUUAAAAUAUCAAUUUCAAUAAUUUGCAUUUUCUGAUUUUUGAACACAAUUUUUCCCUGUGUGAAUUAAGCAUUAUUUUGUCUGUUAUACAUUAAACAUAGAACUUGGUUAGUUAGAUAUGCGGACAUGAAAGCAUUACGUUAGUAUAAGCAUCAGACCUUUUUUGCACAGACUCAUUACAGGCAUACGUAGGACCUGUGUAUGUUUUAUACUUUACAAUGAUCAAAUAUUUUUGACAACACAUUAUUAUUCUUUUAAGAUGACGCAAUAUUGUUUUUUUUAUAUAUAUAUAUAAUUUGCAAUUUACAAGUUUAUUCAUUUAAAUCAUUACUGCAAUUUUUUGACCAUUCAAAUUUUACGGAAUGGUUAGAAAUAAGCACAAAUCAUGGACAGAUUUUUUUUUCAUUAAAAAAAAAAUGACAAUGUAAUCUAAAAUUGUAUUGUUUUUUAUCGUUAUUUAUGUUAAUGUAUUAUCUGUACAAAGAAUUUGUUUUUUCUGUAUUUUUAGAUAUAAAUGUGUAGGUAGUCUUGUAUAUAAUAUUCAUAUUUAAAAUGAACAAAUUUUUCAAGUAUUAAAACUUCUGUUAUAUAAAUAUCAUUCUUUGGGUUAUGUUACCGUUGUACAGACAUCGUGGAGUAGUCUUACUUUUAAAAAGUAAAUGACUAUCGCCUAUCUCUUCCUUAAAUCAUCUCAUAUAUUUACAAAAAAAGGCCACUUUUGCCAAGCUGUGUGUCAAGGUUUUGUCAGAGUUACCCCUCUUUGAUAUGAACUCUUCAGCUGGAGUACAGAAAUUCUUUGUGAUUAAUUAGGUUCUUGCAUCAGUCACCUGCUGUAUUGUUUAUGAAUAAAAGUAUUUAUGUAGAAAUUACUCAAACUAUUUAAAACUGAAGAUCAUAUUAGUGAACACAAAAUAGUUGAAAUAUCUUCCAUAAAGAAAACAGCUAUGUUAUUACAGUAUUGCACAGUAAUAUAUCACUCCUGACAGAACAUUGUCACAUGGCUUGUUGCGAGAGUAUGCCUUUAUUUGUUCCCACAAAUUUUUAAUUGUUAUCAUUUACAUGUUACCCAUCUUCAUUUCUGUAUUUCUUUCUACAAAAAAACAUUUUCUGUAUUCCUUUAUAAAAACUGCAAUAAUCUGUUAUAAAACUUCCCAGACCGGCCUGAAAAGUUUAUACAAAUAUUUACUGUGACUGUUACAUUAGGAAUCACUUAACAGAUGUACAAAUAAAAGCAUCCACUGUGAAUAAACGUUUUCCCUAUAGUUGAUUUAACCAGAAGUUCUUCUUUAACCAAUAAACAAAUAUGCUAUUUCUUACAAAACCAAUGUUAUUAUCUUAUGUAAACACAUCUAAAUAAAUUUAUUAAGAGUAAAACACCAAGAUAUUAAUUUUUAAUAUCAUAGGAAGUCAAAAUUGCAACAAAUAAUUUUCCAAAAUUGUUGUCGAUUAAUUUAAAUGGUUGUUAUAAUAUUCCUCAUUUCUUCCCAUUUUAAAUCUGUUAUAGUGAAUGAUUAUGUGUAGAAAAAGUCUAUUGACUAAUGGCGAAACACUGGUGUAAUCAAAACCAAUCCUUUGUUCAUUAACAUAUUUUGUAACAAAAUUUUAUUGCAAAACUGUGCAAUUUAAGUAUCACCUUAUAACCAUAACAUGCAAUUUGUUUUUACUUCUACAGCAAUAUUUUAUGUGUGCUACACUCUUGUUUAACAUCAAAUAGAGCAAAAAACGAAACCUAGAGAUGUUGAAUAUCUGCUGAAAAUAUCAGAUCUCUCCUGUCAGCCUAUAAAAUAUACAAAAAAUCAACUCCACCAACCUAUAUUUCAUUUCUUUGUUCUUAACAUAUACUUGUAUACAAAGUUAUAGAGCACAAAUUUUCAGAAGAGAAAGAAAACGCGUGUAAUUCUUCCAUAGUAAUUAUUGAAGAUAGAAAAAAAGUAAUGCAAUUGUCUUUUUAUUUUGGCAUGAGUAUUAAAAAAUGUUUAUACAGUCCACUGUAUAUUUGAUUCAGCUCAUCUUCUAUGUAUGAUAUAUUGGUAAACCUUAAGCUCAAUAUACUUUGAAUUUUGCUCAUCUCUUAUCAAACAUCUCUUUAGCUCGUCUCCUUCAUUUACUAUCCCCCCAUUCUAUUGCAGUAAAAUUUAUUUUAUAUCCGUAAGAAAAAAAAAACAAUAUCAGCGGUUUCUGAAAGGAUGAAUUAAUUUUCUCCUUCAAAUUUUAAUAAAGUUGUUAAAAAACAUUUUUAUUCUCUUGAUAAGAUUAUUGUAGAACGUUUUUUCUUUGUACAAAGUAAUGUUGUGCAAUGGCAUGCGUUGCUAACUUGUAAGGUAUGCACUUGUUUGCAUCAAAAUAUAAAUGUAUCUUAGUCCCUAUCAUGUGAUCAUUAUUUAUCUAAUAAAAACAAAAUAUACUUGAAACAA